UCUCUGCCCAUGGGUGUCGUGAUGCCAGGAGCUCGGUUGGGAAGAAGGAAAGGAAAUGUGGGGGCGUUCGCGCUAAGUUGUCCGCAUGUCUUGUGGUGUCUGAGCCCGGCCGUGGGCCGUGCGCCAUUGUAGGCCGCGUGCAGAGUACACGCACGCACGACACGAGACAGAGACAAGGGUAUCCGAAGUCAAAAUGUCAAAUGCGAUGCACAGCCUGUUCGGCCGCAACAACCCUGUUCCCUGAACAGCAACGCAGGAGGGAUCUUCCUCGGUGGUGCUGAGGAUGGGCCCAUGCGGCGGCGGCGGCGGCGAAGGCGGGGAGGCGAGGGACAUGGACACGCGCGGCGUGGAGCGCGUGGUCAAGGUGGCCGUCCGCCACGGCGAAGACACCGGCAUCGACGCCAUCUCCGUCCUCUACGAGCGCGAGGGCGGCCGGCACGAGUGGACGGACCUCUGGGGCGGCCCCGGCGGGUCCCUCGCCGAGAUCUGCCUCCGCGAUCCCGACGAGCACUUCACAAGCGUCACCGGCCACUACGGCGACCUCGACGGUGGACUGUCGGUGGUGAGGUCGCUGACGUUCGUCAGCAACCGCCGCAGCUUCGGCCCGUUUGGGAAGGAGGAGGGCGUGCCGUUCGCGCUCCCGGCCUGCGGCGGCAGGAUUCUCGGCUUCCACGCGCGCUCCGGCACUCACCUCCACGCGAUCGGCACCUACGUCAGGACAAUGACGACGAUGCACGGGGGAUCGUUUCAUUAGCCGUCAAUGCCGAAGACGGCUCCACUGGCGUAGGGAGCUGAUGGCCUGAUCAUAGCGUGUGCGUGUUUGCGUUGCGUGCUUUGUAUAUCCUCGAAAGGAUUUCUUACUGUGUACUCGAUUGAUUUCACUAUCGUUUGAUUUUUCGUUUUCUCUGACCCCAGCUCGCCCUGUAUGUAUGAUGGCGUCUCCGGAAAAGAAAAAGAAAAAAAGAA